GCAUCCUGGUGGGAGCGGGUGACGCGUCUGGCGGGAAGCAUUCGUCAUCAGACCUUUUUCGGAGAGUAGCUUGGGCCUACAUAGUGUUCAAGCAGUUCGACAUCUCCGAGCUGGAACCACGACUUGAAGUGGCCAGGCAAGUUUCAGGAGCAGUCUGGAACGAGCAGACUAUAAAUCACGGGGAGAUGAUAGCCUUCUUGAGAUUCCUGGAGGACUCCCCUGUGGGCCCCUACCUGAUCUACGUCACCGACAGUUCGUAUGUUUCCCAAGGUUUCCUGAAG